GUGAAGCUGAGAAGACAAAUUGCCCUCAUCAUUAUCUCUGGGCUUGUCAAUCAAAUAUAUUCCCUUAUUUACCUCAGCGAGGAGAGAGCCCCGGGAGCACACGGAGAGGGAGGGAGCGAGAGGAGAGCUGCUUGCCCCAAACUCCGCACUGGGAGGGAGCAUUUCCAGCCCCUCAGGAUGGCCACCAUCACCUGCAACCGCUUCACUGAGGAGUACCAGCUCUUUGAGGAACUGGGCAAGGGCGCUUUCUCCAUCGUCCGGAGAUGCGUGAAGGUGCUGGCAGGACAGGAGUAUGCGGCCAAGAUCAUCAACACCAAGAAGCUCUCUGCUCGAGAUCACCAGAAGCUGGAGCGAGAAGCCCGGAUCUGCCGUCUCCUGAAGCACCCCAACAUUGUGAGGCUGCACGACAGCAUCUCUGAAGAGGGCCACCACUACCUGAUAUUUGACCUGGUCACCGGCGGGGAGCUCUUUGAGGACAUUGUGGCCAGGGAGUACUACAGUGAAGCGGAUGCCAGCCACUGCAUCCAGCAGAUCCUGGAGGCCGUCCUGCACUGCCACCAGAUGGGGGUGGUUCACCGGGAUCUGAAGCCUGAGAACCUGCUGUUGGCAUCCAAGCUGAAGGGGGCUGCUGUCAAGCUGGCUGACUUUGGCCUUGCCAUCGAGGUGGAGGGCGACCAGCAAGCGUGGUUUGGUUUCGCCGGCACCCCGGGAUAUCUGUCCCCCGAGGUGCUCCGGAAGGAUCCCUAUGGCAAAGCCGUGGAUCUGUGGGCUUGUGGUGUCAUCCUCUACAUCCUGCUGGUUGGGUACCCACCCUUUUGGGAUGAAGACCAACACCGACUCUACCAGCAGAUCAAGGCUGGGGCUUAUGAUUUCCCCUCCCCUGAAUGGGACACGGUCACUCCUGAAGCAAAAGAUCUCAUCAACAAGAUGUUGACCAUAAACCCCUCCAAGCGCAUCACGGCCGCCGAGGCUCUGAAGCACCCCUGGAUAUCGCACCGUGCCACCGUGGCCUCAUGCAUGCACAGGCAGGAGACUGUGGACUGUCUGAAGAAGUUCAAUGCCCGCAGGAAGCUGAAGGGAGCCAUCCUCACCACCAUGCUGGCCACCAGGAACUUCUCCGGAGGCAAAAGUGGUGGCAACAAGAAGAAUGACGGCGUGAAGAAAAGAAAGUCCAGUUCCAGCGUUCAGUUAAUGGAAUCAUCGGAGAGCACCAACACCACCAUUGAGGAUGAAGACACCAAAGUACGGAAGCAAGAGAUCAUUAAAGUCACAGAGCAGCUGAUUGAAGCAAUAAGCAAUGGCGACUUCGAGUCCUACACGAAGAUGUGUGACCCUGGAAUGACUGCAUUUGAGCCUGAGGCUCUGGGCAACCUUGUGGAAGGCCUGGAUUUCCACCGAUUCUACUUUGAAAACUUGUGGUCUCGGAACAGCAAACCUGUGCACACGACGAUCCUGAACCCCCACAUCCACCUGAUGGGGGACGAGUCUGCCUGCAUUGCCUACAUCCGCAUCACGCAGUAUGUGGACUCUGGAGGGAUCCCCCGCACUGCCCAGUCCGAGGAGACCCGCAUCUGGCACCGCCGGGAUGGCAAAUGGCAGAUUGUUCACUUCCACAGAUCCGGCGCGCCCUCGGUCCUACCGCAGUAAUCCCUCUGAAGUGUGGCCCUGCCCGUGCUGGGUUUGUCACUGACUGACUACCAAGGGGAGACCCCCUCCGACAUGUUCACCUACGGGACUUUGGCUGUUGGCUCUGCUGCUUGGUUCCCGCUGGAAUAACCCCUCGCUUCUCACCGCACACACACGACAGCCCCGCCAGUGCAGCACAAGCAUCCAUCAACCCCCACCCUGCCAGGGUCACGGCACUGGGCCCCCUCCUCUGCAUGAACCAGAACAAGAGAAACCAUGAACUCAAACCCAAGCAUCUGGCCGUGUACAGGCCCCCCUCAUCGGCUGCACAGCAUUGGUGGCCUCCUCACUCAGCACAUCUCCUGAACUGGGCUCAGGCUCAUCAUCCACUUCCAUUCCCACCCCUGCUGGAAGCCCUCCGAGGAAAGGGGGGCAGUUUUGAGCCGCUCUCUGCUGCAUCCUCCCUGCGUGCUGGUGGAUUUUGCUUUGCUGCUAUCAAGGUCCCUGUCUGCUGCCAUGACUCCUGCCUGCUCCCAACCCAAGUUCCUGCUUCCCAGCAGCCUCAUCCAGGGAACUGCAACUCAAUCCAUUUGCCAAGUCCAUUUUUCAUGCGUACCUGUGCAAGGAGGGCCGUGUUUGGAUGGGUGAGUAAAGACUAUCUGUUCAUUUUCUCUUCCCAGCAUAGGCUGGCUCCUUCCCAGGAGAGCAAGUAGGUUUGCACCCUGGUUCCAGGGCAACUGCUGUGCCAAGAAGGAUGCUCUCCCUUCUUCCUCCCUUCUCCCUUUGGAGCAGAGACUGGCGAUGCUGGGAGAAGAGAGGAGGAGAAUGACAACUGCUUCCCAUCAGCACAGACGGGAGCUGGGGCUCUCCCAUCCAUGUCUGGGCGGCAGCAUUGCCCCUGCAGCCUCCUCCUCACCCACCACCCAGCCUGGAUCCUUUACCCCAGCACCCACCCCUGCCCCCCACACACAGCACUGGCGUUCCCUUGCUCCCAGCUCCCAGGAUGGGAUGGGGGCAGCCGAGCUGGCUGCUGGCUCGGGGCACCAACCUCCAUGGCCCCCGUGACUCCUUCCAGCGACAACAAGGAAUGCAAGCUUUAGUGACAAACUGCAGAAUCUGAUUGUGCUUCAACGACAACAAACGAGCCUUUCGCUGUCUUCUCCUUUGAGCGCAUGCCUUUUUAUAGGGAAAACAAACCAACCUACCGUGUAUUUCGUAACUUGAUUUUGAGUAUUUGCUGAAAUGGAUCUUUAUGUAAUAACUAGAAACAUUCAACUGUUUAAGUGGGGCGGGAGGGGGGAUUUUCAGGGGUUGCUGUUUUUUCAGUGCGUUUACAUUUGAAGUGGGGUUGUUCUGCCACGAUGCUCCUGCCAGGGGUCCCACGGCUGCCAGCCCCCUCCUCUCACACCGUGGUGGCUUGUCCCAUUCUGUCCUGCAGCGUUGGGUGGCAAAGGCACCCAUCUCCAGGAGCCCCCAUCUCCAGGGGCUCCCAUCUCCAGGGGCACCCACAUCACCGUGGCACCUUCCUGCACCCCAUGGGUCUUCCCGCAGGGCAAACCACAGUGGUGGCUUUGGGAGUGCCACCAACAUGUGGCUUUCAGGACAGAAAACAUGGCCGAGAAGGGGAAUGUUGGUCUCGCCUCUUUGCCAUCAGGUAGAGGUCUGAGGGUGGGUGUUCUUCUGGCAAUUCUUCCAUUUCACAUUCUCUUUUUCCUGAUUGGAGCCUCUUCACUCAGUGGUGUGAGGCUCCUGCAGCACUGCUGCCCCGGGGUACUUUCUAGCUCCACUCUCUUUGUCUGCAUGGUGUUUAACUUUCUAGACGGUGCGUGUGUUGAAAAACAAAGAAAUGAACAAAAACUGCUUGUUUUGGAUCUAAAAAAAAAAGGAAAAAGGAAAAAAAAGGAAAAAAAUAGAGGAAAUUAUUCCUCCAUGUAAAUUC